AUGUCAGAUUCUCUCAAACGCUUUCCUCUUCACUUAGCUUCUGCCGAGGGCCAUAGUCAGAUAAUCAAAGCUUUGCUACUGCAAGAUAAAACUGCUUGCUUGGCUCGUGAUGAAGAUGGUAGAAUCCCUCUCCACUUGGCUGCCAUGAGAGGUAGAGUUGAGGUUAUUCAAGAAUUGGUACGUGCAAGUUCUGAGUCCACUUUUGAGGCUCUUGAUGGAGACACAGUCUUCCACUUGUGUAUAAAAUAUAACCAUUUGGAGGCUUUCAAGUUAUUGGUGACAUUUAUCAAUGGUGAUGAGAUAUUGAAUAUAGGAAAUCAAGAUGGCAAUUCUAUCUUGCAUUUAGCUGCCAUGCUUAAGCAAUUGGAGACUUUAAGGUAUUUGCUUUCCCUUCCUACAGUGAAAGGAAAAGCAAAUGCCUUAAACGGAAUGGGAUUGACGGCCUUGGAUUUGUUAGAUCAAUGUCCAAGAGACUUCAAAAGCCUACAAAUUCAAGAUAUUUUAAUAAAAGCUGGUAUAAGAAGAGCAGCCGAGCUAAUUAGCAGCAACAACAAUCUUCCACCCGAACCACAACAGCCAAGAGCUACUGCUCUUGCUUCUACUGCAGAAAUGAAAAGAUCAUGGUUUGAGAAAUGCAUGAAACAGUUGCAAUACAAUGUGGAAGAAACACGCGGCGCAUUAAUGAUAGUCGCAACUGUAAUUGCAACCAUGACUUUCCAAGCUGCAAUGAAUCCACCUGGUGGUGUUUGGCAACAGGAUUUUGUAGAUGUCUCUGGCGGUUCUGCUUGCAGCAAAUCAAAUAUAUGUGAAGCUGGAACUUCGGUUUUAGCUUAUGCUUAUCCAGAUCAAUAUAUAUAUUAUAUCACUUUCAAUAGUAUUGCUUUUGCAGCUUCUCUCACUGUCAUAGCUCUAAUAGUUGGUGGAUUUCCUCUCAAGAAUAAGUUCUGCGUUUGGCUUUUAGCACAAGCCAUUAAUAUCACGUUGUCGUUUUUGUUAGUCAGCUAUGUAAAUGGUAUGCUAAUUGUGACUCCAUCAAGAUAUAGAGAAAAAAUGGCGAAUAUGGAUUUCAAAGUGAUUAGUGUUUAUGCAUUGGUGAUUUUAGUUGCAGGCAUAAUUGAAUUGAUUCGGUUUGCAGUAUGGACGGUAAAGAAGCUGCGAAAGUUUUGGCAUAAAAUGAAGAAUGAGAACAGAAUAGAGGAACGACAUGCAGUUUAAUAUUUUUCAUGAUGUCGGGUUCUUGAUUGUUGCAUGAGCUAAAUAUUGGAUUGCUAGAUGCACAAUAUUUUUCAUGAUGUCGGGUUAAAUGCAUUGCUCCAAACAGACCAACUCAUUCUUAAUAAAAUUUCACUCACCUCUUUUACUGAAACUCCCUUACAUGUAUCUUCUUUACUUGGUCACCUUGAUUUCACUCGCAGCUGUUCUUGAAAAAUGUCCUAAUAUGGCCUUUGAGUUUGACUCUCUCAAACGCUCUCCACUUCAUCUGGCUUUGGCUGAGGGACAUG